AUGUUGUUUGUAAAUAUUGGCAGCCUCCACCAAUUUGUUUCUAAUAGAAGACUAAAAUUGAAGUUGGUGUUUUUGUUAAUUCUCGUUCCUUGUAUUUUUGGCAAACAAGAACAAAGUGUGAUAAAGAAGGCUGAACAACUUUCACGUGCUCUUAGAAGCAUUUUUGAGGAUGGAACAAAAUAUGAGGAAAUUUCUAAAGCAUAUUCGGACCUUACAGACGCGGAUGUUUUUAGUCCGGAAGAAGAAUUGAAGACAAUAAAGGAGGAAAUUGAACAAUAUUUAAAGGAACGGGCAGCAAUCGCUUGGAAUGCCAAAAUUAGUUUGGAACAACGCCCAUUAAAUUUUGAUGAAGGAAAAAAUGGGGAAAAUGAAACUAAAUUAGAAGAUUUGAAUGAUCCAAACAAACAUUCUUUUGUUCGAUAUUUGAAUGUGAAAAAAAUGAAUGAUUGCUCGACGCUUUAUAAAAAUAAUUUUGGAGGGUCUUAUGAGGUAAACGGUAGUCGCCAAGUCCGUCUCCGCCCCAAUCCAAAUUUCUACGGUUUACCAACAAGUUCAGAAUCUUCAGCUGUUCAUGUACCCACACCUAUAUAUAAUAGAGAAUUGCUUCAACGUAUUCGUUGGUCAGAUAUAGACCAACAAUAUCGCCGUAAUAGAGAACAGCUAAAAGAUUUGAAUUUUCAGAAAUUUUGUUCAGAUUCUGGAUUUAUGCGUUUCUUCCCCAGUGCCCCAUGGUUGUGGGAAGAUAGACAAUCAGAAUUGGACCUGUUUGAUUGUAGAAACACAGAAUGGUAUGUUGAAGCAGCUACAAUUCCAAGAAAUUUAAUUAUUCUUCUGGACACUUCUGGUUCAAUGCUUGGCCAACGUUUUGAAAUUGCGAGACAAACAAUUGAAUCGAUACUUAGUACAUUAUCAGACAGUGACUUUUUUAAUAUAAUUCAGUUUUCAAAAACAACCACUUUAAUGGAGCAAUGUGGAGACCGUGAACUUGUCCAAGCCUCUUUACGCAACAAAAAAGUGCUUCUUUCCCGCCUUAACAAUAUAAGUUCUGAAGGGAAGGCAGACUACGAGAAUGCUUUACACAAAGCUUUUGUGGCUUUAAUGAAUUUGCCAGAAGAAGGCGUUAAAUGGAUGACUAAAGAAGAAGUAGCUAAAGAAGCAGCAAUUCACAGGUCUGAAGGGACUGAGCCUGAUCCAGACAUAAAUUAUAUUCAAAUGGAGGAAAAAUGUAAGUUUUAAUGAAAAGAGAAGCUUGAAAUUUAAAUAAUCGUUUUGUGCAGUGCUUGUUGCUCCUGAACGCUUCUUACAAGCGGUAAGAAUAUUAAUGCUUUUAGGUGCUUUAUUUGUCCCCCUUUGGAUUUUUUGGAAUUUUACCUCCUUCUUAAAUUUUCCUUUUUGCAAUUUUAUUAUUUUCCAAGUUUACCAUUUU